UCUUGAAGACGAGCAUGCGCAAUGAGUUUGAAAAUGUCGGCUUGUGGUCGGAAAGCUGUGUAGUAUUUUGCAUUUAACAUAAUGACUUAAUAGCAGUUGAGAAAAUAUUAUUUGAACUAUUCGCUGCCAAUAUGUCGUCUGAAAACUUGAUAGGACCUGCUCUACCCCCGGCGUUUAAAAAGACGGAUGAUUCUGAUGAUGAACGGGACUGUGAGUUUGCUGGUCCCGCUUUGCCUCCCGGUUAUAAACGAGGAGAACCGUCCAGCUCAUCGGAUGAAAGUGAGGAAGUGGUCUUCAAAAGAGUCAAGACUGGGCACACGACUGAAAACAAACAGGCUGAGGUGGACACAAACAAGACAGAAGACGAUGACGGAUUCUUUGGGCCAGCUUUACCACCAGGGUUUAACAGGAGAGAAAGUUCACCAGAGAGGUCAUUUGUUCUGGGACCAGCUUUACCUCCGGGGUUCCGCCGUGCUGUGGAUGAUGAUGAUGAUGAUAACAAAGAUGAAGAUGGAUAUAUACCAGGACCUGCCUUACCCCCAGGCUACCAGGCUGAUCCCUCCAGCAGUGAGGAAGAGAAUGACAAUGUUAUUGGACCCAUGCCGGCCAAAGGCCCAGUUCAGAGUACAGUGGCUCUGGACAUUGAACGCAGGGCACAAAUGAUGAGAGACAAGCUGACUAGAGUUGACACUCCUGAGGUGCCAACUAGAGAGACUUGGAUGACGGAGCUUCCACCAGAACUGCAACACAUUGGUUUGGGGGCUCGUACGUUCAAGAAGAGGUCAGGUCCAGAGAAGGGUGACCGCUCUAUUUGGACAGAUACGCCUGCAGACAGAGAACGCAAGACCAGGGAGCACCUGGAGAAAAAGAAAAAAGGUGAGGCUGAGAAGGAAAGUGCCCCGCAAAUCUCUCAUAAGGAUUUGGAAAUGGCAGAGAAGGUGUCCAAGUAUAAUAAUACUAAACGCUCAGAAUCUUUGCUGAGUUUGCAUACAAAGAACUUGAAGGAGAAAGCAAAGGAAGCUGAGGACAAGCCGGCAGAGAGAAGGGCAUUUGAUCGGGAAACUGACCUGCAGGUGAAUCGCUUUGAUGAUGCACAGAAGCAACGGCUGCUGAAGAAAUCUCAGGAACUGAACACGCGCUUCUCCCACAGCAAGGAUCGGAUGUUCCUGUAAGGACAGUGGUUACAGUUGACAAUCUAACCUUAAUCUCAUGGCUAAAGUAAAAUGGAUCAGAUAAACAAUUAUUUUGAUGAUGGGGAUGACAUAAGGGCCAUUGAUUGUGAUCCUUUGCUUGACUGUCGACAAAUCCUGGGUGCAGUCCAUGUUUUAAUGUAAGAUGGGAAUAGAACAAAAUAAGUGGUCUGGAGAUGAAUAGUUUGUGUUUUUCCGGACAGCUUAAAGUGUUGGCAAUAUGUGAGACAAUAUUACUUCUUGAGUCACUGCUAUGUCUCUAGGGGAUAUACAUAUAUACAGUAUAUAUAUGUAAAAUUCCAUUCAAUAUAGAAUAGUUUACUUGCUGGCAUUGAACUAUAUUAUAAAACAAACUUUUAAUUUUGGCAGAUUCACAGUUUUUUGUAAAUUAUAUCUUCGUUUUCAAAUGUCUAGCAAUUUCACUCCUGAAUCAAAAUAACUCAUUUCACCAGUUUUUUUAUUAGAUUUUUUUUACACAUUACAUAUGUAUCUGAGUAUUUUGAUUUGGUGUCCAUGCAUACUUGUUAAAAAGCUUUUGGAUGACAAUUUUAUACAAUUGAAGUAUGCUGUUGUGCUGUGUGUGUGAUUUGAGUGUAAUGUGGUUCAUUAGGUUUUGUAAAUGUGUGCUUCUUUCAGUCUUAAGAACAUGCAAUUUAUUUUGUGGGUAGGGACUAGAGAGGAACAAUUGUUCAUGCAAAUGUGAAUGAGCCUAUAUUUAGAGAUUAAAGUGAUAAAUAACUUGUUUCACUGUUACAACAAAAAAUAUUAGAAUUACCAAAUGAUAACACUUAGUGUGAAAUAGAUUCAUUUAAGUUCCUGCAUAAAACGCCACUGAUUUAAAAAUGUGUCAAUUGUCAAAAACUAUUUUAUUGGUGUUGGACUAAACAACAAAGGCUCCUUCA